GGGUGCCGCGAUAGGUGGGGUAGACUAAAGAGGCAGUUGGAGUGAGAUCUUUGAAUGCUGUGGCGGAGGAGCUGUUUGAGCGACCUUCCACGGAAAACUUAGAACUCAUUUUUCAGUGACUCAUGAGGCCGGAAAUGUAUGCUAGGGCAUAUUAAAGGCGCUCUUGUGAAAGGCAGGCGAGCAGAGAAGGCCACAGUCAGGAGUUGACAUUGUUUCUUAAAUAUAAUGCAGUUUGAAGUCGAUUUUGACAGCUUCCGGGAUAUUGAAGUAAAUCUAUGACCGAGCCGAGGGAAAAUACCUUUUGCAGAAAGUGUCGCUAGAUGCGUGCUUAUCUGAAGUAAUGAAAAGAGGUGCCUAAAUUAACCACCUCUGCACACAAGGCAUUCGUGUUGGUGAGUUCUCUAAAAUUGCAUCAGAACUUCUGGAUCCCUGUGUUGGAAUUGAAAAUUAAACUGCGGAUUUAUAAAAAAUAGUAGUAAAAACUGAACUGUUAUCAACAGUCCAGACAGACAGUUGGACACAUCAUUUUCUGGAAAGGUCAGACAGGUGGCGUGCAGUGGAAGCCUCUGGUGCUGCCGUCAUGCCGUUCCCGUUUGGCAAGUCUCACAAAUCUCCAGCAGAUAUUGUGAAGAACUUGAAGGAGAGCAUGGCUGUUCUGGAAAAGCAGGACAUUUCUGAUAAAAAGGCAGAAAAGGCUACAGAAGAAGUUUCCAAAAAUUUGGUCGCCAUGAAAGAAAUUCUAUAUGGCACAAAUGAGAAGGAGCCUCAGACAGAGGCAGUAGCUCAGCUGGCCCAGGAGCUGUACAAUAGCGGGCUCCUCAGCACCCUGGUGGCUGACUUACAGCUCAUUGACUUUGAGGGCAAAAAAGACGUGGCUCAAAUUUUCAACAAUAUUCUCAGAAGACAAAUUGGUACAAGAACUCCUACUGUUGAAUACAUCUGCACCCAACAGAAUAUUUUGUUCAUGUUAUUGAAAGGGUAUGAAUCUCCAGAAAUAGCUCUUAAUUGUGGAAUAAUGUUAAGAGAAUGCAUCAGACAUGAACCGCUUGCAAAAAUCAUUUUGUGGUCAGAACAGUUUUACGACUUCUUCAGAUAUGUUGAAAUGUCGACAUUUGAUAUAGCUUCAGAUGCAUUUGCCACGUUCAAGGAUUUACUUACAAGACAUAAAUUGCUCAGUGCAGAAUUUUUGGAACAACAUUAUGAUAGAUUUUUCAGUGAAUAUGAAAAGCUACUUCAUUCAGAAAACUAUGUGACAAAGAGACAGUCAUUGAAGCUUCUGGGUGAGCUGCUGUUGGACAGACACAACUUCACUAUUAUGACGAAAUACAUCAGUAAGCCUGAGAACCUCAAGCUAAUGAUGAACCUCCUCCGAGACAAGAGCCGAAACAUCCAGUUUGAGGCCUUUCACGUGUUCAAGGUGUUUGUGGCCAACCCCAACAAGACACAGCCCAUCCUGGACAUCCUCCUCAAGAACCAGACCAAACUAAUCGAGUUCCUCAGCAAGUUUCAGAACGACAGGACCGAGGAUGAGCAGUUCAAUGAUGAGAAGACCUAUUUAGUCAAGCAGAUCAGGGAUUUGAAGAGAGCCGCCCAGCAGGAAGCCUAGUUCCCAGUAAA